UGAAAUUGUAGUGACAUUAGACAAGUAAGUUGACAACAUGAGUUUCCGCUUCCUUUCUGUCAAAAAACCGUAGCCAUGAAAGCUAAAGGAGAGUUGAAAGAAUAUGAAGUUAUCGGGCGCAAAUUGCCCACCGAUAAAGAGAAAAGCCCCCCAUUGUAUAAAAUGAGGAUAUUCUCUCCCGACCCGAUCGUGGCUAAAUCGCGUUUCUGGUAUUUUCUGAGGCAACUUAGGAAAUUCAAGAAGACCACCGGAGAAAUCGUUUCGGUCAAGCCGGUACCCGAAAAAACCCCUACCAAGAUUAAGAACUUUGGUAUUUGGUUGAGGUACGAUUCCCGUUCCGGUACACAUAACAUGUACAGGGAAUACAGGGACCUCAGCGUGUCUGGAGCUGUAACGGCUUGCUAUAGGGAUAUGGGGGCUCGUCAUCGGGCUAGAGCACAUGCUAUUCAGAUUAUUAAAGUGGAACAAGUCAAGUCGAGCGACACCAGGAGGCCACAAGUCAAACAAUUCCACGAUUCGAAGAUUCGGUUCCCGUUGCCCAAACGUAUCCAACACAAGUCUAUGAACCGCUUCUCUGUCCGCAAACCCAGAACAUACUUCCUGUAAUGAGUUGUUACUAGGCGUGGAUGAAUAAAUUCGUUUAUAUAUUCUUAGGUUUAAA